AAACUCGGGAGGAGCGAGGAGAAACUGCCUCUCCAGUAGGUGAAAUACAGCCGUUGAGAUGUUUGCUUCUGUGCGAAGCAGCAGCUCCUGACUUCCAUCAAGUGUGGAACUUAAUGGGAGCCAGGAGCUGGGAGCUCCUGCCUCUCUCCGAUGCCAUGACUUGUGGACCUGCUCACCCCUGGUUCCCGAGUGCCGUCUUUGGGACCCAGUCCAUAUGUUCCUGUCCCCUGUUGUACCACACUGGCCAUUCUCUAACCUGGACACAAUGUUUGUGCGAGGAUUAAAGAGAAAAUGUUUUGAUGGCGAAGAAGAUAUUGAAGGAACUCUGGCUGGUAUUAAGGCUAUUCCUUCAUAUAAUCUUCAGCGGCAGUCACUUUUAGAUAUGUCCUUGGUUAAACUUCAGCUGUGUCAUAUGCUGGUUGAACCUAACCUUUGUCGUUCGGUACUUAUAGCCAAUACGGUACGGCAGAUCCAAGAGGAAAUGACUCAGGAUGGGACUUGGCAGAUGAUAAAUACACAGAGUACAGGGCAGGCAUCCCUGGAUCGUCUUGUUUCAACAGACAUCCUCUGUCGUUCAUCUAGGGAACAAGCUGAGGGAAAGCAUGUCCCAGGCUAUAGUACUUUCAAUAAAGACUUUGAGGGUGACCAGGCACAAGAUAGUUCAGAGACUAUGUCAACAGCCUCUUCAGUGCAAGCUCCCAGAAACCUGCAGAGCAAUGUGUGGGAAAUGGAAAAUCCACAAGAAAAUAAAGGAAACUUUCAAAAAUCAUUAGAUCAAAUAUUUGAGACACUGGAGAACAAAAGUCCUAAUUCUGUUGAAGAUCUGUUUUCAGAAGUUGACAAUUCUUACUAUGAUCUUGAUACUAUGCUAACAGGAAUGAUGAGCAACACAAAAAUGGGACACUGUGAUGGACUUGAAACAUUUUCUUCUCCAACAACUGCAACUUCUAACUCUAAUUGUAAAUCUGAUCUUAAUGAGCUUGAUCAUAUUGUGGAAAUCCUUGUUGAAUCCUGAAACUCCUUGUGUAGGAGAUAAAGAUCUGUUAAUUGGGAAAAAAGACUCAAGAAAGCUGUUUCCACAGUUCGUUCUAUCUGAUCUGCACGUGUAUUUUACAAAUAUCUAUAUAUUAUAUAGAUAUAUAUCUUAAAAAAGCACUUCAUAUUGCAAAAUAGUGUUAACUCUUAAAGUUAACCUGCAACUUGUAGUGUAAUAAUCCAAUUUAUUGUCCAUUGAACUGUUAAGUAUAUACGGUAAAUGUCUUUAAGUUUGGGAUCCGAGGCUCUUGGGUUCCUUUUACCAAUUUGUUUUAGCCUUUGAUGGAGGAUAUCGUUAGUGAGAGGGAGUCUCUCAUCUUUUUCUUUUACUUCUCCCAGUAAAAAUGGUAAUAAACAGAGAGAAGCUGGAUAACUAGUUUUCUAUUUUCCUCCGGUUUCCACAUUGUUACACCACAUAACUCCUACCAUAUCUGCUGCUUCUGUUCUAAGUCGCUACGUGGCUCUUAAAGAGCAGUAUGCAAGUUCCUAUUAUUCCUAGCUAGCUUAUUCUGGUUUUUUGCUACAAUUUUUACUUCAAAAAUAGUUUUAAAGUGUUUAUUGAUGUUUAGAUUUUUCCAGGUAUUUUCCUAAAAUAUAUUUUUACUACAGAUGUUAUGUCAGCUGCUAACUUAGUACCUUUUGAUCAUAUCUGCAGUUGAUGUAUUUUUUGAAAGAUUUUCAAAAAGGGAUGUUUUUUUACCGUGAGCUACCCAAUGUAGUUCAGUAAAGUGUAUGUAAAUGUAAAUAUAUGAUUUUAUACUUUACAUUAAAAUGUAAGAGCUGUUUUCAUGA